AUGGCGGACGCUGAGGGAUUCGUGCAGCUGUGUGAGGGGCUUCAAAAGAAGAUCAUCCAAGAAGGCCAAGACACCGCCAGCCCGCUCAUCGGCUCAACCGUCCACGUGCACUACACGGGCCGCCUCGAGAACGGCGACGUCUUCGACUCGAGCCGCACGAGGGACCCGUUUCGAUUCAACCUCGGCCGCGAGCACGUCGUCAAGGGAUGGGAUAUCGGCGUAGCAACGAUGAAGAAAGGCGAACGCUGCGAGCUGCUGAUCGCGCCCAAGCUGGGCUAUGGCCCGAGCGGCCACCCGCCAAUAAUCCCCCCGGGCGCCAUCCUCACCUUCGAGGUCGAGCUGAUCCGAUGGGAGUCGGAGGAGUUUGGACCGCCCAUGGACAUGGUAAAGGAUGAGCUCUCGGUCGCGGCGAUGCAGGAGCGAGUUGACGAAGCAGAAUGCGCUGGGUUGCUGCUACCUUGGCUCAGGCUCCCCUACAACGUACGCGGCAGCCAUGCCAUGCUGUCUUCCCCGCCAAAAAUCCCGGAUGACGCCACGCUGAAGAACAUCAAGGCGGCCGAGGAGGCGAAAGAGCGCGGCAACGACUUCCUGAAGCAAGGCAAGCUGAAGUUGGCCCUGAAGGAGUACCAGCGCAUCGAAGUGCUGCUCGAGCACCGGCACGCGAAGGAGGCGCCCAGCGAGAAGCGAGAUGCCCUGAUGUUGGCCGCCUUCCUCAACAUGGCCACAAUUCACCAGAUGCUCAACGAGGAGGUCGAGACGGUGGCCGCUUGCGACAAGGCGCUCAAGAUGGACCCGAAGAACGUGAAGGCGCUCUACCGCAAGGGCCACGCGAAGAACUCUCUGGCCCUCUACGAUGAGGCCGAGGCCAUCUUCACGGAUAUCACGCUCAUCCAGCCAAAUAACAAGGACGCCCAGCUGCAGAUUCGCCUCUGCAAGCAAAGGAGCAAGGAAUUCGAGCAGAGCGGGCGACGCCGGUACAAGCGCCUCUUCGCCAAGAAGUCUGCAGCGGAACCCGCCGCGCACGAGAGCACCUCGAAGGAAAUCGACGCCGACGACCCGCAGCCAUGCACGUCCGCCGAGCACGAAGCC